AUGAGUUCAGAGUGCUUGGGGAACCUCCUGAGGAUAACACUGAGUGCAGAACACUUUGAGGACAAAUAUUUGUCUCUUUCUAUUAUUGAUCAUUCUGGCACAGCCUGGGAACUCGAUGAGGCCAUGGCAGCCCAGUGUGGCUACACUGUCACCUACAGCACCUGGAGCAGCAUUGAGUUCCGAGCUUCUGCAGCGAGCUGCCAUUCUCACRUGGAGAAAGACAUGUUCACAGUAACUCUACAAAUCAAAGCAUCUCAUACAGCUGAUAUGAAAAAUGCCACGAGUCAUCUGAGAAGUGUGAGCUGCCCCAAUGGUCCAUGGAGUCCCAGGGAGUUAAUAUGUGAAAGUAGCUACAUGGAGGUUUCUGUCAGGAGGGAGAGUCCACAGACUAUAAAAGACUUCAUUCAAGAUGAGCUUGAGGACUGGGCUCUUGUCUUUCCAGAAGYAAAAGCAGAAGAAGCCUCAAUAUGGCAAACAGUGUUUCAUCAGCCAGAAGAAAAAAGGGCUGUGCUCGUGAGCAAUGYUUGGCGUGCAGGCUAUGGACUCAAUGCCACAGCCUCCAGGGUCCUGCUGCGAGUGCCGUACACAGCUGCCCAAGUUCAGCUGCUCGAGGAUCAGGGAAUCRCCUUUUCUGUGCUGAGAUCGAGUACACUUUACAAAUACCAGGGGGUGAUCCUGAUGGUGGAUACUGGUGUGGCRUGUCCUGUAGGUGGUGUGGACUGUGUGAACAAAACAAUCACCUGGACUGUUCCAAAGUAUAUUCCACCACUCUCUGCUGGAGUGACCAGCUUUAAGGAUGUGCAUGUGGAAGCUGGUGUGGAUCUACACAAACUCUCUGCUAAAGAAAUGGCUUCCAGGAAUUAUGUGUUAUUGAAUGAGUUAAAUGYAAUUACAAUGAAGAUUCCCAUAGGUGCAGAAGGUGGUUAUUACAAGACUUCUGUAUGCAAUGGACAGCUUGGGGCAAAAUACACCAUCAACCUGUUCUUGGAACACCAGUGGGAAGAUGACAAAUGGGGACUAACCAAACAUACUAUCAUCAAGGAGAUAGAAACACCAUUUGAGCAAGUAGAAGUUGCUGUAACCAAUAAUUUAAAUCUGAGUGCAAGGCUAAUGAAUGUGACAGUGGGAACAUUCCUCCCAGAUGUGGAACUUGUCAGCUUAACCAUUGAGGGCGUUACUUUGGCUGUAGGUGAAGCUGUUCAGCAUGGAUACCUGAUACACGGGAUCAGAUACAGUAAUGGAAGCAAAGCAUAUGUGAUACAAGUCCCACUUGAUGCACCAAGUGUUAAGAAAGAGUACAUGAGAGAGGACAUGAGAGAGUACACCCUGAAUGUCACGCUGGCCUUCAUCACCCAUCCAUCAAGUGAGACCUUUGUCAUCCCAGUCAUUGCACUGUCAGCUCUGAAAGRUGCAGUGCUGCCCCAAGCAAGAGGGUUUUGUGAUGGGAGGAACCUUCACCUCAUUAUCACCCAUGGGAAUGUGGACCAAAACUGGCUACCUUUCAUCUCAGACUGGCAGCUGACCCCAGAGGCUGCACAGAAGCACAACUACAGUCUGAGGGACAAUGGCACUCACYUGAUGAUCUCUGUCCCUUUCCUUUCUUCCCAUGUGAGCUAUGAGGGUUUUCAUACCUCUGCAAUAAAGGCUUCUCUCUACUUAACCCUGAAGGAUGGCAUCACCUUGGCUCAGAGGAGGAACUUCUCAGUUUCCUGCAUAUUUUCACCAUCGGAGCUAAUACAAUGCCUGCCCAAUGGCACUGUGAUUGUUACUGCAAUAAAAMUGGAAGGGGGUGAAGACCUGGACACUGGUCUGCUUGUCUUGAGGGACAGAGAGUGCAAACCCAGUCUGGUGACAGAGAAGACUGCAACCUUCAAGUUCAGUGUGAAUACUUGUGGAACAAGUAGAAAGUUCAACAGCACAGCUCUGAUAUAUGAAAAUGAGGUGCUCUAUUUCAGACCUGGCCAUGACACACCCGUGUACAGGCUGCAAUUUCUCUGCUCGUAUGCAGUCAGGCAGRCUGUUGGAGUCCAAUAUGAAUCUAAGAACACAGCACCCAGUGUAAAGCCAGGGCUUGGCUGUCUCGCUCUUUCAUUGAAGCUUUUCAAAGAGAAAUCCUAUUCAGAACUCUACCAGGAAUCAGAAUAUCCUGUGGUGAAAUACCUGGGGGAUGCCCUCUAUUUUGAAGUUGAACUGCUCCAGCCUAAAGAUGCAAGACUGGACUUAAAUCUGGAGGAUUGUUGGGCUACCAACUCCCARAGCCAGGACAGCCUUCCCCAGUGGCACAUCCUCAUACACGGGUGUGAGAACAAUCAAGAUUCCUACAGAACUGUCUUCCACAAAGUCGAUCACAGYCUCAGGGUAAAAUUUCCUCAGCACCUAAAGAGAUUUGAAGUGAGGAUGUUCACCUUYGUCCAGAGCACAUCUCUGCUGCAAGAGCAGCUGUAUUUCCACUGCAGUGUGGUGAUCUGCAACACGAAGCAACAGCCUUUGGACAUUUUUUGUCCAAGGAGAUGCGAUCCUGGGAAACACAGACUUGGUAAGAACACAGGCAUGUCUUGA